GGUGCUGGUUCACUACGCGCUUUCCUCUCGGAGCAUUCGUUCGCUGGCGGUGGAAGUGCGCUGUCGCGUGUUUUUCGUUUUGUUCGUGUGCGGUGGUGAGCUGUGCUGUGUGCUUCUGUGUGGCGGCUGGUUUGUAUUUCCGAAUCCGUUAAUCUCGUCGGCGGGAGCCCUUUUUUCCGGCCGGAAGCAAUACGAAACACACGCGCACACUUACACGCAACUCACAACAAACACACACGCAUACCCAGCAGCAGCAGUAGCACGGCGGCACAGCGGCCGAAUCCUUGAAUUGUUUGUCUGUGUGUGUGUGUGUCUGUGUGUGUGUGCAAGUGUGCCUGUGUCCGUGGUCCUUGCGAGAAGGAGAAGACGUGUUUGUAAGUGUGGUGUGCACGUGCAGCAUAAGUGGUUGGUUGGUGUUGGUAGGUGUAGGUGAAGCGGAAACAAGUGCGUGAGUGCAAGUGUUGUACGCCCAACCGCGCCGCAUAAAGGGAGCGAUAGAAGAGGCGUCCCCAUCGUCAUAUCCCCCAUUAACCGGCGUCAUCAUCCUCAUCGCAUCAUUAUUGUUGGCCCGUGGCCGCCCUUUGAUCGUCGCCCAAGUGGUCGCCCAGCCCACCUUCCCCAGGAAAGAAGAAGUGCGUGCGUGUAUUUUGAGUGCAUUUUUUUUCUUGUGUUGGCCGUCGGUUUAGUUGUUCGUCGUGCAGCUUCUCCCCCCCCCCCACACAAUCGUCAUUCUGUGUCUCUUCAAAUUGCAGGCAAGGCCAGGCUAGUUGCAGUGAUAUACAAGAGCGAAGUGUGCAUCUUGGUGAUGAAGUGAAAGCCCCGCGGGAGCAUUAUAUCUAUCGCUGUUCUAAUAAUUAGCGCGCGCGUGUGUGUGUGUAUUGUGUCUACACGACCACUGAGCAAGGAGGAAAAAGCAAAGAAUAGAGCGUGUGACGGUGUAACUGUUUUCGUUUGCGGAAACGAGCGUGAGGCUUUGAUUUUUGGGGCGUCUGACACGACCAACCCGCCACCACAACGGAAGCACCGGGCGUACGUUCGCCUCGCCUGCGCCAACGCUUGCUAGGACGACGAUCGCGUGGAGGACGACGGUAGCAGGACUCGAAGCUUCCUGCGCGCGCUGAAUUGCACACGACGACUCCAACGACGAUCGCGAAUCCUUUCCAUCGAAAGGAACAGAAGCGGCGAGAACGACGAAGACGACGACGACGACGAUCCGCUGACGAUCGCCGUUGCACAAUCACAAUCUUCCAGACGCGUCGGCGGUGACCUGCUGCAUCAGCCAGCAGCAGUAGUAGUAGCAGCGGCAGCCAAGCGGAUUGGGACGCGCAUACGACGACGGUGUUAACCACCCCCCCGCAGCCCCACCAUAUCCCCCGCGUGUGCGAGCAAACCAAACGUCCGAACGACGGAAACCAGGAAGCAAAUUGAAAGCAGGAGGAUGGAUUGCAAACGGAUUUUGCGCUGCUCGGCACUAGUCGUGCUAGUUUUAGUCACCCUAGUAAAUGCACAAAGCUCAGGUGCACACAAGCGGGAUCUGAACAAUCUGUACCAAGUGAUCUAUUACGGUGACUCGCAGGUCGAGGUCGGGAAGCCGUUCUCGAUCUCGUGCAUCAUCAGCAUCGCCAACCCGGUCGAGUGGCACAAGGACGGCGAACCGAUCCGGAAGCACAGCAACAUCCGCCACGGCAAGGAUGAGCACAGCUACAUCGAGAGUGAGAUGGGCAUCGCAGGAAAUCGAGACAAAAUCGAAGCAUCGAUCAGCGUCCAGCGCGCCCUGCCGAAGCACCAGGGCCGGUAUCAGUGCAACGCGCUGUACAAAAACUACCACCAGCUGUACGUGUACCGGAACGGUACGCUGCUCGGCCAUGGUGCUGGUGCUGCUGCCGUCGCCGUACCGGGUCCUUCAAGGGGCCGCGACGAGAUGCAGGUACUGUUGAGCACGGUCAAAUCGACGCUCGUAGCGCCCCUGCAGCAGCCCAUCGAGCAUCAUCACUUCACGACGGCGGUAGCGCUCGCUCCGGGACCGCCCAUCGUAGACGAGGAACUGCCGCGGGAACACGAACGCGAUCGGGAGUCCCCGAAGGGAGGGCACAGUCCACACCAUCACAGGCAGCAGGCGGGGCAGGGCCAUCGACACCAUACCGCCAGUGGGGGUUUAGCCGGGGAGAAGCAGCCCGACCACUCCAGCCCGGCGAUGGGCAAAGAUGACUCGAAACGGUUCGUCAGCCAAAAGACGACCACGAUCGACCAGAACGGGCUGCUGGAACAGACGCGGGUGGAAGAUUUGGAUCGGGAUUUCGCUCCGGUGCUGCACAACACCGACCACCGGGGUGCUUCACCGAUGAUGGGCAAAGGUUCAAAGAAGCAGCACUCCAGCGCCGGAAGAGUACACGUACCGGUGGAAACGCGAGAAGAGGAUGAAGAUGAGCAAGAGGAGAUUAUUGGUGGCGGCGAUGUGGCGGAGACGCGCGAAGGCCUAGAUCUCGAUACCACCGGUACCGAUGCGGAUCACGCCGAGGACCUCGUUGAACCCGAUACGGAAAUCGUUAUCGAAAGCAAGGCUAUCUCGCUCGAGGACGAGAACAUCGACCGGUUGAUCCAGAACAAGAGCGACAUCAACGGGAUCAUCCUGGUAGACAGCCUGGAGGAGCUGGCGACGCUCCGCAAGCAGCCUUCGUCCGCCCUGUUGCCCAUACUGCCAACCCGUGAGGCCAUGACGAGCAACGGCUCGAGUGGGUUUUCCCUGGCCGUCAGUACCGUGGGGCCGAUGCUGACCGGAGCCGUUUCGAAGGACGGUGGCAGUGUGGUGCUCCUCACCAGCGUCGCUCCACCACUGGAGCAGGAUAAUACAGUGCACCACAACCAUCACCAUCACCAUCACGAACAUCACGGAAGCUCGUCGUCCUCGUCGUCGACCGCAGCAAAGAUGGCAACCACUUUAACGGCCACUACGUCUACUACUACAACCACUGCUAGUACUACUACCAUCACAACUACUACCACUACGAGCACCACCACCACAACGGCGGCUCCGCCCACGACGACCACCAUCGCGGCUGCCGAUGUACUGCUGCCUAACUACGACCAAGCCAGCACUAGUUUAAAAAUAUUCGAUAUAGCAAAAGCAUUGACGCUCGGUUGUAACAUUACACAGGAAGGAAAUUUUGAGUUAAGUUGGGCAAAAGACGGUAAGAACGUAAGUGAGGUCGAAUCGCUAAAAGACCGCUUUAAGAUACUGGCGGCCGAGCGAAAGUUCGUCAUCAGUCGGGCACUGGAAACGGAUGCCGGACAGUACACGUGUAGCGUACCACAAUUGGGUGUAUCGAAAAGUUUUAACGUAGUUGCUAAUGUUGUUGUUAAAUUUGAAAGCACAGAAAUAGGUAAAACUAACAUAGUGGAGGGCGAACGGUUGACGCUGCACUGUAUAGCUUACGGAACGGAUCCUAAAAUCACCUGGACAGUUGGCAACAAUACUUACAACGCGUCGACAGAUCACAUCGUGCUGGAGGAGGACGAGAGGGGCGUCGAGAACGCGAAGCUUAUCAUCGAUAGCAUAAAGCUAGACGACUACGCCGACUAUACCUGCGAGGCACGAAACAAUGCCACCGAGUUUACGGGCAAACCGGCACAGGUUCUGAUCACCGUUAGAGUAAGAGGAAAAUAUGCGGCCCUUUACGUUUUCCUGGGUAUUAUUGUGGAAGUUGUUUUACUGUGUGCGAUUAUUUUAAUAUGCGAAAAAAGACGUAACAAGACAGAGAUCGAGGAAAGUGAUACCGACCAGAGUCCCGACCAGGAGAAGCUAAAGAAGUGAUGCUCCUCGCCACCGCAAACGUUGCCUACUCCACAGAAACUGUACAUAAGCUAAGUGAUUACCAGUAAACAGAAAAGCAAACAUUUCGAGCAAGUCCGUGGCGACCUGCAACGACCAACUCCAACCAUGUCCUGGGUUUCUUAACCAUACCGGUCCCAUCAUUAUCGCAGUGUGGUGCAAGUAGAGGAAGGCUUUGGUUACGGCACAUCAACUUAGUUUGUGGUUCGGAGUAAAAUUACACGGUUUAUAAAUAUUUUCAGCCUGUCUUUAUAAGGGUUUACUUUUACUAAGUAAAUCGUAUACACACAUACACUCACGAAAUUUAAAGUCUUAUUGUUUUAUUUUUUGUGGACAAACAAGUGCCACAUUUCCUUGUAUUAUUGUCACAAAAUGUGUGUUUCUUCACUUGUUGUUUUAUUUAAUCCUAUCAACAUGAGUUUCAAUUAGCAUCAUGAUUUUUAAACUGUUUCAAAAGAUAAUUUAUGUUCGUCCUUCUAAAUGGAUACAGCGAGUGCUAUUAAGGUAAACCAUUUUCUAUGCCCUAAUAGAAAUAACCGUGGCAUAAACGAUGGACCAGUUUUAUCGUUUGUAAUAUAUGAAAAAAAAAAAACAAACCAUUAAAAUUAAAAAUUAAAAACACAUUGUUGAAAAACUAAAACCAUUUUGCAUCCAUGGUCUCUAAAACAGAGCGAAACAAGCGACGGAUUGAAGUGAACGAGUCUAGAAUGAUGCAACAUAGAAGGAGAAAAUCACACAAUUUUUAUUGAAACAAAAAAGGAGGAACAGCCACGAUCCAACCUGCAACUUCAACUGCAUUCGUUUUCUAACAAAUUAUCUGAAUAAAGACCACAAUUUCUUUGUAAGUAGAUAGCGUGUAGCAAGCAAAUAAAAGAAAAAGGCCAGAGUGUAAUGGAAGCAACACAAAAAACAUUGUAAUUAUAGAGCCCAUAGCCAGGUUUGAACCGAAAAAAUAGUUCUAUAAACUUCCUUUGUGUUUAAGUUUUCUUCUACCGUCAUCAAAUCAAUUCGAAAAAGGAUAUGGAAACAAUUUUUGUUACAUAUAGUUAUUGCAGUAACCUCUGACUCUGGCAUUUGAGGAUCGUUUGAAUAGUACUUAAGUGUUGAUCUGCAACACAGAUGAACGCAAUGCAAGAACCCACUCUACCGUAACGUCAGCACACAAUACAUACGUUUUAACAGAAACAAAAUAAUCAAAAUUAACCUUGUUCAACGUAGGGCCAUUCGAGUUUAAACUAUCGGUAGAUGAUUGAAUUGACAAACGAAAACAAAAAAUGCAAAUAACACAAAAACGAGAUAAGGAAGGUAAAAAUACAACCCCGAAACGGUUCAACACGUGAAACGCAAAAGCAACAAAUACACACAAACACACACAAACAUACGCACGCCCUUUUCUGGUGUGGCAUCUUUUUUGAAUAACAUCGUGAAUAUCGGCAAUGUUAAACUAUUUCUAAGUAAAGUACUAAAAUUAGCGAACAAAUAAAUCGUACAGUGGGUUUGUUUUUCUUA